CUGACAUCAGCAGUUUUGACCGACCUCCGAACAACACACACACAAUUUGAUGACGAAGAGCGCGGUUUACGAAAUGUGUUUGUUUCAGUGCCAAUACUCGAACCUUUUCUGGCACGAGUUUUAGUUUUCUGUGCGUGCAUGUGAUGUAAUAUUUGGCUUGCAAGCCGUCUGUCAUUUUCUCGACCAGUCAGUUUCAACGGUACACCAGUAUGUCAACAAUGACCGACAGCGAUUCCGGCACGAUAUCAGCCUUUCUUGCAAGUUGGAUUGCUGUUGCAGAGAGCAAGAGGAAAUAGCAAAUCAGUUCCGACUACCAGAGCGCCAGGCGAAGGUGAACCUGUUGAUCAAGGCCAUGGAACAAGUUGCAGGGGAUGGAGAGGGAGAGCCAGUUUACUGUAUAUGCAGGACCUCAGACUCAACACGCUUUAUGAUAGCGUGUGACAACUGUGAGGAGUGGUACCAUGGUGACUGUAUUGGCAUCACACAGUCAGAUGCCCGCUCUAUCAAACGAUACUACUGUGAUAAAUGUAGAAAUGUCAACAAUACACUGGAAGUUGUAUACAAGCCAAAGAAGCCAAAGGAGAAGUUGAAGAGUGAAUCCAGUGAUGCAGAAAAAUACUACCUUACAGAAUAUGCAAGUAGCAAACUUAGAGAUAAGCAAAAGAAGCAGAAGAAGUCAACACGUCGGUGUGGUGAGUGUGCUUCCUGCCACAGAAAGGAGGAUUGUGGAAGGUGUGAUUUCUGUAAGGAUAUGAAAAAGUUUGGCGGCCCAAACAAAAUCAGGCAAAAGUGUCGCUUGAGACAGUGUGCAAAUUUUGGACUGUCAUUGACAAGCAAACAGUGGCAGAGGAAGAACUCAUCCAACACUGAGACCAGCAUCACAGAAUCAGAAUACAUCCCUUUUGGAGAGACACAGGAAGAUGAAGAUGACCUAGAUGACAGCUGUGACUUUGAAGCUGAGAACAGAAUCAGGACACCAAAGGCCCGGGAGAGGCGUUCAAGUUCAUCUGAUACUGGCUCCCCCCGCAAGAAAGUAAAGAAGGACAAGCGGAAGGAGAAGAAGAAAGAUAAACACAAACAUUCACCGUCAAAAAAGGGAGUGAAACUGAAAGAGAAAUCUGUAUCUUCCUUGAAACGCCGACACACAGAUGUUGAAGACUUUGUGGACACAGAGGAAGAAGAGGCAAGGCAGUGUUAUGGGCCAGGAUGUACAGAGGCAGCCAGAUCCAACUCCAAAUACUGCUCUGAUGAUUGUGGCCUGAAGCUUGCCAAGAGUCGAAUCUAUGAAAUUUUGCCAAGUCGCAUCCAGCAAUGGCAGAGCAGUCCAUGUGUGGCAGAAGAAAACAACAAAAAAGCUCUGGAAGAAAUCCGAAGACAACAGCUAGAUGCCAGGCAGAAAUUGGGUGAUCUUGACAUGAAGCAUCAAGAGUUGGAUGUCAUCAUUGAACGAGCCAAACAUUCAACGUUAGACCCGGAACAAACAGGUACAGAAGCUGAGGAUGACACAGAGUUCACCAUAUACUGUGUUACUUGUGGUGGGGAGAUCAACCAGAGGGGUGCACUCAAACACAUGGAGAGGUGCUUUGCUAAGUUUGAGGCUCAAACUUCGUUUGGUUCCAUCUACAAGACCAGAAUUGAGGGCAGCUCCAUGUUUUGUGACUACUACAAUGCUCAACAGAAAACAUACUGCAAGCGAUUAAAGGUCCUCUGCCCAGAACACACGAAGGAAGCCAAAAUUGCGGCAGAUGAUGUAUGUGGUUGUGCACUCGUUACCCAUGUAUUUGAAGAGACAGGAGAGUACUGCCGAGCGCCCAAGAGGAAAUGUCUCAAACAUUACUGUUGGGAGAAACUUCGGCGAGCAGAGAUUGACAUGAACAGACUCAGACAGUGGCUUCGCCUUGAUGAGCUGUUUGAGCAAGAGCGUAAUAUCCGCAUGGCAAUGUCCAACAGGAUGGGUGUGCUUGGAAUGAUGUUACACCAGUCUAUAGACCAUGACCCUCUCACACCAAUGAAGACUUCCCAUAGUUAUACCAGUCUAUAGACUAUGACCCUCUCACACCAAUGAAGACUUCCCAUGGUUACACCAGUCUAUAGACCAUGACCCUCUCACACCAAUGAAGACUUCCCAUAGUUAUACCAGUCUAUAGACCAUGACCCUCUCACACCAAUGAAGACUUCCCAUGGUUACACCAGUCUAUAGACUAUGACCCUCUCACACCAAUGAAGUCUAUAGACUAUGACCCUCUCACACCAAUGAAGACUUCCCAUAGUUACACCAGUCUAUAGACUAUGACCCUCUCACACCAAUGAAGACUUCCCAUAGUUACACCAGUCUAUAGACUAUGACCCUCUCACACCAAUGAAGACUUCCCAUGGUUACACCAGUCUAUAGACUAUGACCCUCUCACACCAAUGAAGACUUCCCAUAGUUACACCAGUCUAUAGACUAUGACCCUCUCACACCAAUGAAGACCUCCCAUAGUUACACCAGUCUAUAGACUAUGACCCUCUCACACCAAUGAAGACUUCCCAUAGUUUCACCAGUCUAUAGACCUUGACCCUCUCACAUGAGUAAUUGCAUAUAUUUCAUAUAUCAUUUUGAGCAAAUCUCUGAAAGAUUGCAGCUGAUACAACUGAAAGUACCUGUAACUGAUGAACCUGUGUUACCACCGGUUAGUCUGUCAUCUGUCUCCAGUCAUAUGUCCAAGAAUUAUUGGUUGUUGGAGUUGGAAUCUUCAGCAUGGAAAAUGGCAGAAAUAAUGAUGAACAAAAUACAUGGCCAUCUUUUAUUUCUAAGUGUAGUAAAUUAAGUUCACUGAAGUGUCAUGUCAUCAAAUCUCUUACAUUUCGUUAAUAAAAUGACUUUAAUAUUAAGAAAUCAAA